CAAAAGAUUAUUUCUGUUAUCUAGAUCUCUGAACUAUAAAAGGGAUUCCUUUGCACAAUUCGUACCACUUUUUAGUCUAUAGUUAUAAGAAAAUGAAGGUAUUCUGUGUAGGAGUAGCGCUGAUGCUGGUUUGCCAGUCAACAGCUAUGUCGCUGUUGAGGGAUAGACCAAAUCAGAAAGUUGCACACAGCUUCCUUCAGAAAGUAGAAUACAUAAAUCCACACAACAAAGUUGGUGCUGAUCUGUGCCCUACUUGUGUAUCAUUUACAGGACAGGCUAUUAACACACUACUUAAUCUGAUUCUUCAGGGCGGAGUUGUCGGCACAUGUGGAGCAUUAUGCAGUGCUCUGGCACAGAAAACAGGAAGCCAGGCUCUCGGCGAAGUAUGUGAUCUCAUAUGCGACAUUGCUGGCAUUGAAGAAUUCAUCAAACUUAUCGAAAAGGCCGACUUAGAUCCAAUCUAUUUCUGUGAAGAGGUGAAUUUGUGUCCCGUUAAAGAUGAUGGUGAUGCAAAAAUAACCCAACUUUCAGUCACUCCUAAAUCUGGACCUCAAGGACAGUUUUCCAUUGACUUCACAUAUGUCUCAGUUAACGGCACUGGUACCGGCGAAAUUAUUUUAGAAGUAGAAACAGUAGAUCACAUUCCAGUGGAGGGUUCAUUUUUACAUGAAUUGGCUGACGCAGGAUCGUAUCCUCAAUCAGUUAAACUAAAAGCUAAACCUGAUCCUAACUGUGACCCCACACAAGGACCAUGCGAAGCAUGGAUGCCUGGAAAUUAUACUGUCAAAAUUGCUAUCUGCAAUGGUGAAUGUGGCAGCAAACAUCCAAACAGUCAGAUUUACGAUGAAGCCACAACAACUUUUGAAAUUACAGAGAGCAAUACAACAAAUUAAGAUCGAACAUUUUUGUGAUAUUUUCAUGUUUAUGUAAAGAUGGAAACUGUCUUAUUCUGUUGCUGUAAUCAUAUUUGUUAUAUCAUGUCGUCAUUUAUGAAAUAAAAAAAAAUGGUUCAACCUUUUUAUUGUUCGACAACUUUGAAGACGUGUUU